AUGGCAACAGCGGCAUCGUCACUGCAAGCCGGAUCGGGCAAUGAGCGAUUCAAUGCUGAAGCCUUAAAUUGGGAUAAAAACCCUCUCGUCCAUGAAGCCAGUAAACAAGCAUUGAAGGCGAUUUCCGCACGGUUCCCGACCCUUAAACCUUCUUCGGGAUCAACGGGUCUCGAUGUGCUCGAGAUAGGAUGUGGUACGGGUUUGCUGAGCACCAUCGUUGCACCCCUCGUAAAACAGGUGGUUGCGAUCGAUGCAGCCCCCGGGAUGAUAGAUGUCCUCAAACAGAAACUGAACAAAGAAGACGCCCCGCGUAACAUUGUCCCUGUGGCAGUCCUGCUCGAGGAUCCAGAGGAUAAAUCUUUGCCACCAGCAGACACGGCAAAUCCGGACGGCCCCCGUCUAAAGUUUGACCUUAUCACAUCACACCUUGUGUUGCACCACGUUCCAGAUCUCAAGGGGCUCCUUGCCACGAUGCUCGGAUGUCUGAAAGACGGGGCGAGCGUGGCUCUGACAGAUUUCGAAGACGAUGGUCCCGACGCGAAGAGCUUCCAUCCCCGAUCGAAAAUGGAUGGGGUCGAGAGACACGGCAUCCACGCCGAGACGAUGGCGGCGUUGAUGAAAGAUGUUGGGCUCGUGAACGUCCGUGUAGAACGAGCGUGGAGUAUGGAUAAAACAGUCGAAAAGUUCGAGGGCGAGUUUGGCAAAGCAACGCCUCAACCCGGCAUGGGCAAGAUCAGAAGCUUCCCAUUUGUGAUAUGCAUGGGCGAGCGGAAGGCAUAG